AUGUUGAAGAGGUUAGAGAGCCCCAUAUGUGUUGAAAGGGCGCAUUUUCUUAUUACCAGCGGCCUUGGCUCCCUCACAGAAAGGGGAGAAUGUGCCAAAGAUGCGAUCAACUAUCUAUUGAGAUUGGGAUAUACAAAGUCGCCUCAUUGGGAUGAGCUAGUUGCCCAAAGUGGCUUAGAGGCGAUUGAGCCGAUUGAAGUGGCAAAUUCCGGAAGCAAGAGGCACUUGGCAUUCUGCAAAGCUGUGGCACAUGAAUAUCCCGAGGCCAUCUCAGUUAUAGAAGCUACUCCUACACUGAGCGCAGAAUUCUAUAGAAAUUUGGAACUAGUAGCACACUUUUUAGUUCUUUCCAAAAAUUUCAAGGGAUUAGAAGAGCUAGAGUACCGAUUAAGCGCGAUACCCAACGCCAAUGUAGCGAAGGAAGAGUUAGAAGCACUUUCAAGGAUACAAAUAUUGGUACUGUGUGGCUCUUACAUGCAGUGCAAAUACCUCGAAUUUUGUAAAGGCUUUUUCAAGCUUGAGAGAAGCGAUCCAGAUUUCAUGAGAGUUCUUGAGUGCGAACAUGAGAGCCGUUUCAUUACUCACGACGAGCUCUCACUGAUGGUUACGGUAUCUUCUAUCGUCGCUAUACCGUUUGACAACUAUGAUGAUUUCCUAUCUGUCGAAGAUGCGGCUAGCAUUGAAAGACGUUUUCCUCAACUAGUGCGAUGCCUGAAACUUCUCACAAAUACCAGCUUUGGCAGCUUUUUAAAAAUGUGGCAUGGCUCUAUUGAUGAGGAAUGCAAAAAGAGUUUGCUACUUGCCCAUGGAUGGGAUUGUGCCCGCUCUACGAUGAGGCACAAGAUCUAUUUUUUCUAUUUGCGAAUCUCAAAUAAAUUGACAAUCAGCUAUCUUUCACGCACUUUGAAUAUUGAAGAGAAGCUGGUCGAGGAAGAGGUUCGAGUGCUCAUUGAAAAUGCACAUCUAAAUUUCGAGAUAAUCGGCGAUCUCAUAAGGUAUAAGAGCGAUCAUUUCUUGGCAGCCGUGACAUCGAAGUUGAAGGAGAAUCAUGAAUUAAUCAACCAAUCACUCCACUUUCAGGUCAGUAAUAACAGGAGUUUAAAGAACAUGGUUCAAGAAAGUAUUAUUGGAAAUAAUGCGAGUGAAAGUGCUGGGAACGACGAAACAGUAUAUCAAUCCCCUAAGAUAGAUAGAGCCAGGUAUGCCUUCGACGAUAAUAUGGAUAUUGACGAAAUCAACGAUAUCAGUGACGUUGACAGCGCUUCAUUUAUAUUAGGAAAUGAAAGUUUCUCGAGAACUAGUGGUUGUUAA